UAAGUCAAAGCAACCCAGGAACCGUCAGUGGGUGAAAUAAAAAUGCUGGCAUUUCAGCGAAGCUGUUGUGAGUUUGCCCGUUUCUGUCUUGUCGCAUCCUAUAGACCAGGUCAGGAAUCUUCCAUCAACAUGGUUUUUCAACAAAAAAUGCAGUUUGCACAAAAUCAACAUUUUCCAAGGGAAAUUUUGAUUUUGCAAAUAUCAAUUUUUUACCAGACAAAUCAAAAUAAGAUACUUUGUUUUGUGCUGGGUCAAUCCAAAUAUAAACAUUUGAGUUUGUUUACCAGGGUGCUAGCUUUUUGCUACUUUUAUGUCUAAAUCUUAAGCUUCUUCGUGGCCAGUUGUAGGCAGGAAUACUCAUCUGUGAUCUGUUCUGCUGAUUAAUAUUGUUAUUAUUCAUUUAUAGUAUGGCACAGCCCAAAGGCCUCAAUCAGGAUUAGAGCUGCAGUUGUGCUGGGGGAUGAAGACGGUCCCUGUUGCAGGGAGUUUCCAGUCCAAAGGAUCCUCAUCUGUGACAAAGAGUCUGAAUAAUAAUGUGCAUUUAUUUAGUCCAUUCCAUCCUAGAGCUGUGAUGUUUGUCAGGGUGAUUUUAGUGACAGGGCUUGUCUACACUUAAAAACAUGACAAUGGCACCACUAUAGUUGUGCUGCUGUAGUGCUUCAGUGUAGACACUACCUGUGCCAGUAUGAGAGGUUCUCCUGUGGGCAUAGGUAGUGCAUCUCUCCCUGAGAAACAGUGAAUCAAACUGUUGUAUUGUGGGCCACUUUAACAUUAAUCUAUGUUCUCCUGAGCUGCUGCAGUGCUUUAUGGAAGUUGUAGUUCAGGUGUCUCAUGCCGCCAUUCUCUUCUGUGGACCAGGCUCCCUGGCUGGACUGCAUCUCCCUUGAUGCACCACAGUCUCCCCUCUGGUAGAACCACUGGAGUGCGUCAUGACUGCACGUCAAUUUUCAUGAUGCAUUGCAGUCAUGAAACGUGUAGGCCAGCCAGGAAUCCUGUCCCACAGAGGAGAAUGGGUUCUGCUACAUGGGGGUGAACUACAACGCAUCUGAAGUACCACAGCAGCUCAAGCAGACACAGUUCAAUGUGGAAGAGAGCUGAAAGGAAACAUUUCCAUUUGGUUCAACAAACCAAACCAAAACAUGUUGAUUCAGAACUGUCAAAAUGUUUCAGUGAAAAAUAUAAAAAAGAAAUGUUUAGACAUUUUGGAACUGAAAUUUUUUGGAACUUUUUGUUCUGCAAAAAAUUUCAAUAUAUCUGGUUUUUGUUCCAGUUUGGGACAAAUAUCAAACAAAUAUCAAAAGAUCUUGAUUUCCUGCGGGGUGGAAUUUUUGUUUUUCUAUCAGUCCUAAUCUCAAGUAUUGUAGCCAGCAGUUAAAGCAGAGGCUCUCAACCAGGGGCAUGCAUACCCCUGGGGGUACGCAGAGGUCUUCCAGGGUGUACAUCAACUCAUCUGGAUAUUAACAGGCUACAUAAAAAGCACUAGCAAACUCAAUACAAACUAACAUUUCAUACAGACAAUGACGUGUUUAUACUGCUCUAUACACUAUACACUGAAAACAGGUGAUGGGAUCAUGAGUGAAAACGAGGAGGAGAAUCCACAGCAGGAUGGUCUUCAAAUAGAGGAACCAAGUGUAGCAUUGUCAGAAAAAUCCAAAGGGAAAGAUUCCCAGAGCCCUGACUGGGAAGAUGACUAUGAGGAUGAGUGGGGGACAGAAAAUCAGGAGAGAAACCUUCCAGGAAAGAAAUGGGGUGAAUCUCCUCCCCGAGAGAGAGGUUUCAGGAAAUUCAAAGACAUCAUUGCCCAGCAGAGGCCUCACACUGGAGAGAAACCUCAUAAAUGUCCCGACUGUGGGAAGAGCUUUAGUCGGAGAUCAAACCUCAUUCAGCACCAGAGGACCCACACAGGCCAGAGACCUUACAAGUGCCCCGAAUGUGGGAAAACCUUCAGCCUGCGCUCGACACUUACAAGACAUCAGCAAACUCACCUGCAGGAGAAGCCCUAUAAAUGCACUGAGUGCGGGAAGAGCUUCCGCCAGAGCUCAGACCUGAUCACCCACCAGCGAGUGCACACAGGAGAGACACCUUACCGGUGUGCUGUGUGCGGGAAGAGCUUUGGGCGGAGCUCCAACCUGAGCCAACACCAGACCACGCACAUGGGGGACAGACCCUAUCAAUGUGUUGACUGCCUGAAGAGCUUCCGGAGCAGUUCCGCCCUGGUGCAGCACCAGAGGAGCCACACGGGGGAGAAACCCUAUCAGUGCUCUGAAUGCAGGAGCCGCUUCCUGCAGAGCUCGGACCUGAUCAAACACCAGAGGAUCCACACCGGGGAGAGGCCCUACCAGUGCCCCACCUGUGGGAAAUGCUUCAGCCAGAGCUCCUCACUCACUGAGCACCAGAGGACACACACCGGGGAGCGACCUUACCAUUGCACCGAGUGCGGGAAACGUUUUUGCCAGAGCUCCACACUCAUCCAGCACCAGAGGAUCCACACGGGGGAGAAGCCCUACAGAUGCACUGAGUGCGGGAAAAGCUUCUGCCGGAGCUCCAACCUGAAUCAGCAUCUGACAAUCCACAUGAUAAAGAAACCUCAUCGGUGCACUGACUGUGGGAAGGGCUUCAGUCAGCUCACUAACCUUACUAUACACCAGAGAAUCCACUCUGGACAGACACCCUAGGACGGUGGUUCUCAAACUUUUGUAUUGGUGACCCCUUUCAGCAAGUGUCUAAGUGCGACCCCCCCCCCUUAUAAAUUAAAAACAUGUUUUAAAUAUUUAAUGCUAUUAUAAAUGCUGGAGGUGAAGCGGGGUUUGGGGGUGGAGGCUGACAGCUCACGACCCCCCAUGUAAUAAUCUUGCCACCCCCUGAGUGGUCAUGACCCCCAGUUUGAGAAUUCCUGCCCUAGGAGCUAUGGGGACAGCUUCACGGACCUACCAGCACCAGAAAAUACACUCCACACAGAAAGCAUUGCUGGCUGUCUCCCUCCUGGAUAGUGGCCUACUCCAGGAGGUUCAAUUCAGGGAGGGAUUAGGGAUAUCUUCCUCCACCUUUAAGAGCUUUAUCAGCUGGAUAAUCUUGCAGAGAAGGAUCUGAUCUGUUCUGUUGCUUUUGCUGCAUGCACUGCAGAGUGAAACCGAUCAGGAUCAUGCCAGUUUCAUUCUGCUGCUGGGGUACCCUUUGUUAUACAGUUGGGAUCUGCAGAGAGGGCUAGGUGGAAGAAAAUGACAGGGAGGGUCAGAGACACACAGAAGCAAGUGGGAAGGUAAUGUUGCUCAGGGCUGUUUCCAGAGACUAACUUUAUCCUUGACGCAGCUCUCAUGUAAUAUAUAAUAUACCUUCUAGGGCAGAUGUUGAUAGAUACAUGCAGGCAGGGUAUAUUGGCUCCACAUGAGUAGAACUACUACAAAGCAGUGUCUUACUGUAGCUUUCUCACAUGCUAUGGAGUGGACAUUGACACACCAAGACGGCCACAGCCUGGAUUGGGAGAACACAGUAUCUAGUGCCUGGAUCCCUUGGGGAGAAGACUAUGCCCUGGUCUAUGCUAGGAGUUGAGGUCAAAUUUAGCAGCGUUAAAUCGAUUUAACCCUGCACCCGUCCACACGAUGAAGGCCUUUUUUUCGACUUAAAGGGCUCUUAAAAUUGAUUUUCAUACUCCACCCCCGACAAGGAGAUUAGUGCUGAAAUCGGCCUUGCUGGGUCGAAUUUGGGGUAUUGUGGAUGCAAUUAGAUGGUAUUGGCCUCCGGGAGCUAUCCCAGAGUGCUCCAUUGUGACCGCUCUGGACAGCACUCUCAACUCAGAUGCACUGGCCAGGUAGACAAGAAAAGGCCCGCGAACUUUUGAAUUUCAGUUUCCGUUUGGCCAGCGUAGCAAGCUGCAGGUGAGUGCAGAGCUCAUCAGCAGAGGUGACCAUGCAGAGUUAAUCAGCAGAGGUGACCAUGAUGGAGUCCCAGAAUCGCAAAAGAGCUCCAGGAUGGACCGAAUGGGAGGUACGGGAUCUGAUUGCUGUAUGGGGAGAGGAAUCCGUGCUAUCAGAACUCCGUUCCAGUUUUUGAAAUGCCAAAACAUUUGUCAAAAUCUCCCAGGGCAUGAAGGACAGAGGACUUAACAGGGACUCGAAGCAAUGCCGCGUGAAACUUAAGGAGCUGAGGCAAGCCUACCAGAAAACCAGAGAGGCAAAUGGCCGCUCCGGGUCAGAGCCCAAAACAUGCCGCUUCUAUGAUGAGCUGCAUGCCAUUUUAGGGUGUUCAGCCGCCACUACCCCAGCCGUGUUGUCUGACUCCUUCAGUGGAGAUGGAGGCAACACGGAAUCAGGUUUUGGGGACGAGGAAGAUGAUAGCUCACAGCAAGCAAGCGGAGAAACCGGUUUUCCCGACAGCCAGGAACUGUUUCUCACCCUGGACCUGGAGCCAGUACGCCCCGAACCCACCCAAGGCUGCCUCCCGGACCUGCCAGACGGAGAAGGGACCUCUGCUGCAUGUGUUUCAAGGAUCACAGGAUCUUCUCCUUCCCAGAGGCUAGUGAAGAUUAGUAGGCGAAAAAAACGCACUCGUGAUGAAAUGUUCUCUGAGCUCAUGCUGUCCUCCCACUCUGACAGAGCACAGACGAAUGCAUGGAGGAAGACAAUGUCAGAGUGCAGGAAAGCACAAAAUGACCGGGAGGAGAAGUGGCAGGCUGAGGAGAGUAAGUGGCAGAUUGAAGAGAGGGCUGAAGCUGAAAAGUGGCGGCAGCAUGAUGAGAGGAGGCAGGAUUCAAUGCUGAGGCUGCUGGAGGAUCAAACUAAUACGCUCCAGUGUAUGGUUGAGCUGCAGGAAAGGCAGCAGGAGCACGGACCGCCGCUACAGCCCCUGUGUAACCAAGAGCCAAGUUCCAUAGCCUUCUCACCCAGAUUCCCAAGAACGCGGUGGGGGGGCCUCCAGCCACCUAGUCACUCCACCCCAGAGGAUUGCCCAAGCAACAGAAGGCUGGCAUUCAAUAAGUUUUAAACUUUUAAAGUGCAGUGUGGCCUUGUCCUUCCCUCCUCCACCACCCCUCCCGGUGCUUCCCUCAUCCACCACCCCUCCCGGGCUACCUUGGCAGUUAUCCCCCUAUUUGUGUGAUGAAUUAAUAAAGAAUGCAUGAAUGUGAA